AUGCCAGGGAGCCUCUCCACGGCCCUGCGUGUCGUGGGGACCAGCCUCUUCGCCGUGGCGGUGCUGGGGGGAAUCCUGGCCGCCUACGUCACAGGGUACCAGUUCAUCCACACGGAGAAGCACUACCUCUCCUUCGGGCUCUACGGGGCCAUCCUGGGGCUGCACCUCUUCAUCCAGAGCCUCUUCGCCUUCCUGGAGCACCGGCGCAUGCGGGGCGAGGGGCAGCCGGUGCGGCCGGGGCGCUCGGUGGCCCUCUGCAUCGCCGCCUUCCAGGAGGAUCCCGACUACCUGACCAAGUGCCUACGCUCCGUCAAGCGCAUCUCCUUCCCUGACCUCAAAGUGGUGAUGGUGGUGGACGGGAAUGGCCCCGAUGACACCUACAUGCUGGACAUCUUCCACGACGUGAUGGGCUCCGAGCACUCCGGCAGCUACAUCUGGAGGAGCAACUUCCACGCGUGGGGCGAGGGGGAGACGGAGGCCGGGCUGCGGGAAGGGCUGGCCCGUGUUCAGGCACUGGUCCGCAGCAACACCUACUCCUGCAUCCUCCAGAAGUGGGGCGGGAAGCGGGAGGUGAUGUACACGGCCUUCCGGGCGCUCGGAGACUCCGUGGACUAUAUCCAGGUGUGUGACUCAGACACGGUGCUGGACCCCGCCUGCACCGCCGAGAUGCUCCGCAUCCUGGAGGCCGACCCCCAUGUCGGCGGCGUCGGCGGCGACGUCCAGAUCCUGAACAAGUACGACUCGUGGCUCUCCUUCCUGAGCAGCGUGCGGUAUUGGAUGGCCUUCAACGUGGAGCGCGCGUGCCAGUCGUACUUCGGCUGCGUGCAGUGCAUCAGCGGCCCCCUGGGCAUGUACCGCAACGCGCUGCUGCAGCAGUUCCUCGAGGACUGGUACCACCAGACCUUCCUGGGCAGCAAGUGCAGCUUCGGGGACGACCGGCACCUCACCAACCGCGUGCUCAGCCUGGGCUACCGGACCAAGUACACGGCUCGCUCCAAGUGCCUGACGGAGACGCCCACGCGGUACCUGCGCUGGCUCAACCAGCAGACCCGCUGGAGCAAGUCCUACUUCCGCGAGUGGCUCUACAACGCGCUCUGGUUCCACAAGCAUCACCUCUGGAUGACCUACGAGUCGGUGGUCACCGGCUUCUUCCCCUUCUUCCUCAUCGCCACCGUCAUCCAGCUCUUCUACCGCGGCCGUGUCUGGAACAUCCUCCUGUUCCUGCUGACGGUGCAGCUGGUGGGUGUCAUCAAGGCCACCUACGCCUGCUUCCUGCGUGGCAACGCCGAGAUGAUCUUCAUGUCCCUCUAUGCCCUCCUCUACAUGUCCAGCCUGCUGCCCGCCAAAAUCUUCGCCAUUGCCACCAUCAACAAGUCGGGCUGGGGCACCUCAGGGCGCCGCACCAUUGUGGUGAACUUCGUGGGGCUGCUGCCAGUGUCGGUGUGGGUGGCGGUGCUGCUGGGCGGGCUGGCCUACACCGCCUACAGCCAGGACCUCUUCAGCGAGACCGAGGUGGCCUUCCUCGUCUCAGGUGCCAUCCUCUAUGCCUGCUACUGGGUGGCCCUGAUCACCCUCUACCUGGCCAUCGUUGCCCGCCGCUGCGGCAAGAGGCAGGAGCAGUGCGGGCUGGUUUUCACUGAGGUCUGACCAUGGGGUGGUCCUGUGCAAGGGUCAUCCCACGUGCCAUGGCGAUCCGAUGUGUCAGGGUAAUCACCUCCGUCCCCUCUUCCCCAUCCUGGAACCACCAGGUGCUGGGGUGAUCCCACAUGCUGGAGUGAACACCCCCAGUCCCCUUUUCCCCAGUCCUGGAGCUGCUGGGCAGCGCUGAGCGCUCCCGACCCUUGGCAUUUCUCAUCAGAUCUUGAAAUCUUGCUUUUUUUUUUUUUUUUUUUCUUUAUUAAGAUGUAAACUUUUCCUAUAUUUUCAUUUUUCCAUCCCAAGCUGGCCACAGCGAAGCUGAGCCAGGGCUGCCCAUCACCCAGCCAGGUGCUGCCAGCUACAUCCCAGCUGUGCCCUAUGGAGCAUCCAGGUGUGGAGCGCUGCUGGCCGCGCUCCCCGCACCCCACUCCAGAAUUUCCCACCCUCCGGUGCUUUUUACAGGGAUUUCAGUCCCACCUCCGUGGUGCUACAGCACUUCCCACCCCCAGGACACACAGACUCCGUCAGCACGGUGCUGGCACUGCUGGCUGGUGCUGCCUC